UGUGCUUGUCGGGGGCCGUAAGUGAAGUGUCGCAAAGCAGUAGGAAGGCGGGAGUCCCGAUUGCAAACAGUGAGGAAUCCUGGGCUGCAGAGGCCACUAUGGCGAAUGCUGCGUGGGCUGAAAUUCGUGAGAAAUUCCAGGCCGCGCUGGCCCUUUCGCGGAUAGAAUUGCAUAAAAAUCCCGAGAAGGAACCGUACAAGUGCAAAUAUGGCGCUCGAUUGCUGCUGGAAGAGGUCAAGGCGCUGCUCGGCCCCGCGCCUGAGGACGAGGAUGAGCGGCCUCAGGCGGAUGACGGCUUGGGCGCGGAGGACCACGCCCUGGGGCUGCCGGCGGAGGUGGUGGAGGUCGAGGGGCCCGUCGCCCAGGGGGCAGUGAGGCUGGCGGUAAUUGAGUUCUAUCUCGGGAUGAACCACAUCGACACCGAGGAGCUGUCGGCGGGGGAGGAGCAUCUGGUGAAAUGCCUGAGGCUGCUGCGCAAGUACCGGUUGUCGCAAGACUGCGUCUCUCUCUACAUCCUGGCGCAGAUUGGGAGUCCUCCUCUUGAUCCUACCGAGCAUUUUCUUCCUGAAGAAGAGAAACUUACUGAACAAGAGAGAUCCAAAAGAUUUGAGAAGGUUUAUACUCAUAAUCUGUAUUACCUGGCUCAAGUCUACCAGCAUUUGGAAAUGUUUGAGAAGGCCGCUCAUUACUGCCACAGUACCCUAAAACGCCAGCUUGAGCACAAUGCCUACCAUCCUAUAGAGUGGGCUAUUAAUGCUGCUACUUUGUCACAAUUUUACAUCAAUAAGCUAUGCUUUAUGGAGGCCAGGCACUGUUUAUCAGCUGCUAAUGUCAUUUUUGGUCAAACUGGAAAGAUCCCAACCACAGAUGACAGACAUCAGGCGAUAGUGACCAACUUAACCAUAAUUUCUUUUUUUUUUUUUCAGGACAACAUAGGGGAACUUGAUCUUGAUAAACAAUCUGAACUUAGAGCUUUAAGGAAAAAAGAACUAGAUGAGGAAGAAAGCGUUAGGAAAAAAGCUGUGCAGUUUGGAACCGGUGAACUCUGUGAUGCCAUCUCUGCAGUAGAAGAGAAAGUGAGCUAUUUGAGACCUUUAGAUUUUGAAGAAGCCAGAGAACUUUUCUUGUUGGGUCAGCACUAUGUCUUUGAGGCAAAAGAAUUCUUUCAGAUUGAUGGUUAUGUCACUGACCAUAUUGAAGUUGUCCAGGACCACAGUGCUCUGUUCAAGGUGCUUGCAUUCUUUGAGACUGACAUGGAGAGACGGUGCAAGAUGCAUAAACGUAGAAUAGCCAUGCUAGAGCCCCUCAUUGUGGACCUGAAUCCACAGUAUUAUCUGUUGGUCAACAGACAGAUUCAGUUUGAAAUUGCACAUGCGUACUAUGACAUGAUGGAUUUGAAGGUUGCCAUUGCUGACAAGUUGAGGGAUCCUGAUUCACACAUCGUAAAAAAAAUAAAUAAUCUUAAUAAAUCAGCACUGAAGUACUAUCAGCUCUUCCUAGACUCCCUAAGAGACCCCAAUAAGGUAUUUCCUGAGGUAAUAGGGGAAGAUGUCCUGCGUCCUGCCAUGUUAGCUAAGUUUCGAGUUGCCCGUCUCUAUGGCAAAAUCAUCACUUCAGAUCCCAAGAAAGAGCUAGAAAAUUUGGCAACAUCAUUGGAACAUUACAAAUUUAUCGUUGAUUACUGUGACAAGCACCCUGAGGCUGCGCAGGAAAUAGAAGUUGAGCUAGAACUUAGUAAAGAGAUGGUGAGUCUUCUUCCAUCAAAAAUGGAGAGAUUCAGAACCAAGAUGGCCAUGGCUUAAUAAUCACUGUUUUUAAUGAAAGAAAAGGUGCAAUAUUGAAGAUUUGUUUCCCUUACUCAAACAGGCCCAAUUCCAUCGUAAUAUUUACUUUUAUAACCAGAUGAGUGCAGUUUGAACUUAAGCUACAGUCAGAUCAAUUAAAGAUCAAUUAAGCCUUUACUAGGACCUUAAUCAACAUAAAGAUAAUUAAUAAUUUACACCUAAUUAUGUAAAUUGCCUUGUUCAAGUGACAUGUGAUUGGUAUUUUAGAUUGCUUGUUUCCUAUUUAAAUAUAAACCUUUCCCGCCUCAGUUUCUAAAGGUAGGUUUUUUGUUCCUCUUACUUAAUGGAUUCUUUCCAUUUUAAGGAAAAAUGCUGGGUAGUAUACCUGGUAGACAAGCUUGUUAUAUUAAAAAUGAAAAAGUAAUUUGCUAUAGUUAUUCUUUGCCAAAUACAUACUUUCCUAAAUUCCCAAAGAAAUCUUUCCUUUUUGAAAAUAUUAAAAAACUAAGUUAUAUUGUUGUAAAAUAUUGUAAAGUAGUUUGUCUCAUUUAUAGGGGAAAAAGGCCUUGUUGGAAAUAUAAUAAAUUAACUUGUUUCAGUAAUAAAAGCUUCCAGUUACUG